AUGACAGCAGCAAGAGCAUAUACAAAAACUGAAUUCGAUAUUCAUAUGACAGAUCUGAGCAACACAAAUCCAAAAGUUACAGAAUAUCUCAAGGGGAUAGAAUUUAAAAAGUGGGCAGUUUCACAUUCUUUGAACAAAAGAUACAAUAUUAUGACAUCUAAUACAACAGAAUCACUCAAUGCAGCAGUUAACAGAGCAAGAGAAUUACCAGUUACAAUGAUUAUGGAAUACUUAAGAAGCCUUGUUCAAAGAUGGAGCUGCAACAACAAAAAUCUUGCAAAAGGAACUUUCACAGUAUUGUCUACUAAAUAUGAAACUCUUCUUAGAGAAAAUUAUUUAGAAUCCCUACAACUCAAGGUGAAUGGAACAACAAAUGAAUUCAUUUUCAGUGUAGUUGAAUUGGAAGACACUUAUACAGUUAACAUGAAGGAAAGGACUUGCACAUGUAACAAAUUUCAAAUAGAUAUGCUUCCUUGUAAAUAUGCUACAGCUGUAUGCUAUGAGAAGCACCAAGACCCACAUGAAUAUUGCUCAAAAUACUUCAGAAAUGAAGAAAUAAUAAAAGUAGAAAGGCCAAAAAAGAGAAGAAUCAAAGGUUCAGUCGAACAAAAGACUCAAAACAAGUGUAACAGAUGUGGCUUUUAUGGGCAUAACCGUAAAACAUGCAGAGGUAUACCAAAAAAAUCAUAG